CUUACACAAGUCCCUCUCUUUUCAUCAAACAGAAACAGAUAAACUAAAAAGGAUAGAUAGCAAUAUCAUAUCUUCUUAUCUUUAUCAACAUCUCAAUCAUCCUUUUUCACUAAUCAUUUCCAAAAUUAAUGGCAACACGAAUUAGUCCAAUUAGCCCUAACGAUCUGCAGUUCCAGUUUGAUGAAUCUGAUAUAUGGGAAAACACUAAUAAUCCCGACGAAAUUAGCAAUUUUUCUCGUCACUCUGAGUCCAAAAGAUCAAAUUCUAGUUCACGUUUCUCGAAAAAACCAACAAAAAAAUCUGUACCAGCACCAAGAUCGCUGCCUGUGAACAUACCGGAUUGGUCGAAAAUCCUAGGACAAGAGUACAAGAAUGAUGAUAUUCGAGACAAGGAGGACGUGGAUGAGGAGAAUAGAAUUCCACCUCAUGAAUAUUUAGCAAGGACAAGAGUGGCUUCAUUUUCAGUGCAGGAAGGUAUGGGGAGGACACUUAAAGGAAGAGAUUUGAGUAGGGUGAGGAAUGCUGUUUGGAAACAAACUGGUUUUGAAGAUUAACAGAUUCACAUUUUACGGGUACUUUGUUAUGUCUCGUUGAUAUAGAUAAUAGAUAUCCGAUAACUUUAUUCAUAAGGUUUGAACUUACGAGAGAAAACAUCUAGUAUUUUUAUCUCUGAGAACUCGUGAUCUUAAUCAUUAUUGAUCACGAGUUCCACCUUUUAGAUACUUUUUGGGUUUUUUAUGGACCACUGUGUCAUGUUUUGUAAGUAUUUUGGGUAAAUUGAUUUUUUUUUUUUU